CAGAGAGGCGAGGCGCGCGGUUAUUCCGUUUAUAAAAUGGCGGCGUGAAGUGGGCCGAGAGUGAAAUUGACACAGGUGUGGACGACCAUCAGGCGCAAGAUCUGAACCGUUUUAUUUAAGUCGAGGUGGAGAUCUGAGUUGUGAAAAAGGGAGUAGAUCUGUGAUGGCUAAACGGAUUGCGGACAAGGAGCUGACCGACCGGAACUGGGAUCAGGAAGAUGAGGGAGAGGAGGCAGGAACGUUCUCUAUCGCCAGCGAGGAUGUGAUGAAGAGUCGGCCUAUUAAGAAGGCCAAGCGUCGGGCUCCAGGAGCUGAGAGCGAGAGCGGGGGCGCGUUUAAAGCGUUUAAGGGCUUCUCCCUGUCCGGUGCCGCGCCGGGGGGGGGCGGAGCGUUCAGCGGGUUCGGGAACGGCGCCGGGUUCAAGCCCGUCUCCACGCUGGCCAAUGGGAACGGCCGGCCGUCCACCACCCCGUCUUUCGCUGGGUUUGCCCCGCCAGCCACGGGAGCCACGCCCACCCCUUCGCUGAUGUUCAACGGCCCAUCCUCCUCCCCGCCCCCCACCGCUGAGGUCACAGCCAAGCCGGCCAAUGGGGCGGCUCCCAGCCUGGCCCAGAGUUCGGGGGGUGGUGUUGGGAGCAGCAGCGUUAGCGGCGUUAGCGGCAGCAGGGAGUACAGUCGCCAGCUCACCGCGCUGAACUGCUCCGUGCGCGACUGGAUCGUAAAACACGUCAACGACAACCCGCUGUGCGACCUGAACCCCAUCUUCCACGACUACGAGCGGCACCUGGCCAGCAUUGAGCGCAAGUACGCGGUGAAGGAGGGCUCCAGCCACGCUCUGACCCCCGCCCCCCCCGCUCAGAGCGCCCCCCCGCCUGCUGUCUCCUUCAGCUUCGGCCAGAAGGUGGACAGCUCCGUGCUGGGCACUCUGGGGGCCCCCGGGGCCCCGCUCAGCUUCUCCUUCUCCAGCCAGAGCUCCGGCGGGGCCCUGUUCGGGGGCCAGGGGCCCACAGCCACCCCCGCAGCCACCUUCUCCUUCGGGGGGGCCAAGGCCCAGGCAGCCAGCAGCCAGCAAGCAGAAGAUCAGAAUGGAGGAGCGGAGGAGGAGUCUGAGGAGCCGCCCAAACCCGUGGUGACGGAGGUGAAAGAGGACGACGCCUUCUACUCCAAAAAGUGCAAACUGUUCUACAAGAAAGAGAACGAGUUUAAGGAGAAGGGUGUGGGGACUCUGCACCUGAAGCAGGUUUCAGAGGGCAAGACCCAGCUCCUGGUGCGAGCCGACACUAACUUAGGAAACAUCCUGCUGAACAUCGUGGUUCCGGCGGCGAUGCCGUGCUCGCGCAUGGGGAAGAACAACGUGAUGGUGGUGUGCGUGCCCAACCCGCCCGUGGACGACAAGAACCCCGGCGCGGCCGUGCCCCUGCUCAUCCGCGUCAAGACCCCCGAGGACGCAGACGACCUGCACAGAGUGCUGCGGGAGAAGGCCUGAACCGCCCCCACCUGCCCUAAUGCCCCUACCUGCCCCAACUGCCCCCACCCUGCCCCAAAGUGCCCCGACCUGCCCCUUCCCUACUCCCACUGCACAGAGUGCUAUAGGAGAAGGCCUGAACUGCCCCCACCUGCCCUAAUGCCCCUACCUACCCCAACUGCCCCUUCCCUACUCCCACUGCACAGAGUGCUAUGGGAGAAGGCCUCAACUGCCCCCACCUGCCCUAAUGCCCCUACCUACCCCAACUGCCCGGACCUGCCCCUUCCCUACUCCCACUGCACAGAGAGCUGCGGGAGAAGGCCUGAACCACCCCCAACCUGCCCUAAUGCCCCUACCCCCACUGCACAGAGUGGGGGUAGCCUGAAUUACCACAAACUGCCUCUACCCUGCCCCAACCUGCCCCCACCACAUGGAAUCCUGCAAGAGAAAGCGUGAACUACCCCUACCAUCCCAAACAAUCCCAAAUGCCCCCACCACACAGACCCCUGCAGGUAUGACCCCCUCCCUCUGAAAGGUUAAAGGAUGGAGAGCUGGGUCUGUCUGCACACUGCGAGUGUUUAUUCCUCCCUCACAGAAAGGCCCUGUCACACGCAUGCCUCUGCAGAUUCAGUUCCGCAAAGAACACUUUCUGCCCACAACCCAAAAUGCUGAACUGGAAAUAUCCGGAUUUUUUCUUUGGAAGUUUAUUCCACAGUUUGCUAAAAACAAAUAAAAGGAAAGAUUUUUUUUUUAGUUGGAUCCAUGAACAUUCCGUCAUGUUUGAAUUUUUGCUGCUAUUUUUUUUUUGGGUUUGUUGAUUUGAGGAGUUGUGGAAGAAGGCGGUUGCGUGCGUUGGGUCAUGUUAGCGGUUUUGGCGGUACUGUUGAUUGGAGCCACAGCAGAGGGCCUGGGAUUGACACGAGUGAUCAGCCUGAAUGUUUUGUACUUGUUAUCUGUUCCUUGUUUAUAUAUAAAAACAUGAAACCUACUCCCAAGUUUUCAAACCGCUUGGCUUUUCAGCAACCAACUAAAACAAAAACACACGUAUGACUGCACACCUGUUUGACCCUUUAUUUAGCGUUAGGAGUUCUGUAACCUGUUUCUGUUUUAGAGUACCCUCGAUAUUAGAUUUGUGUUUGCAGAACCUGUUGAUCAUACCAGUAGAUGUUCACCGUUGUCUUCAAAACUUGAAUUCUCUAUUUUUUUAGUGUGGUCCUGGCUACAUACUGUAACAGAGCCGGGUUUUAGACUAUUUAUUCUGGCAGACAGAACGCAUGGCCCUGUGUAAGUGAGUCUGGCCCGGCCCUGGCCCGGGCGACUGAGUGCCGAAGAACGUUUUUUUACCUGGUGAAUCUGCUCUGUUGUGUCUAAGUGUCCUUGCCUCGCCCUGGCGGAGCGACGGUGCCUGGUGUGUGUGUGAGAGACUGGUGAAUAAAGCCACUACACGUUCA